UAUCUAUCCACCACUGUCCCUCCUCCCUCCUUGUCACUCCUCCAUUACAGAGGAGCAGCGAUGGCACUGUCUCUCGUCCAGGCCUACAGGAGACGCUGGUGGAUGGCAGUGACGGCGGUGAUUGAAAAUCUGCUGUGUUCGGCUGUCCUGCUGGGCUGGGGCUCCCUGCUCAUCAUGCUGAAAAGGGAAGGCUUCUACUCCCACCUAUGCUCAGAGAAUGACUCCAUGGUCGUAUCCUUGGGCAACUCCUCCAGUGGCGAGGCGCACGAGUCCACAGAUAAUGACUCCAUGGUCGUAUCCUUGGGCAACUCCUCCAGUGGCGAGGCGCACAAGUGGCUCAGCUGCGUGGACCAGGAGGAGAUGCUGAAUCUGGGUUUCACCAUUGGCUCCUUCUUGCUCAGCGCCGCCACCCUACCACUCGGUAUUCUGAUGGAUAAGUUUGGGCCACGCCCACUUCGCCUGGUGGGGAGUUCAUGUUUUGGUCUGUCCUGCAUGAUGAUGGCAGCGUGUGCAUGCAAUCCUCCUGUUCUGUCAGCGCUCAUCUUCUUGGCUCUCUCUCUGAACGGCUUUGGAGGCAUCUGCCUGACCUUCACCUCCCUCACGCUCCCCAAUAUGUUUGGUGCCCUGAGCUCCACCAUCUUGUCUCUGAUGAUCGGCUCCUAUGCCUCCUCUGCUGUCACCUUCCCUGGAGUUAAGCUGAUCUACGAUGCAGGCGUGUCCUUCAAGGUGAUCAUGGGGGUGUGGGCAGGCCUCGCCGGGUUUAUUUUUUUCAACUGUUUCUUCAACUGGCCUGCAGAUGGCUUCCCAACGCCUAACGAGGUGGAUUACAGUAAGAUCCUCACACUGCAAGAGCUGCCUUCAUCAGACCAGAAGGGCGAUGGAGAGAAACUGAACCAGAAAAAUGGAGACUUCAAACACUCCACAGAGAAACUUCCUAAUCAACCUAAUGCUGCACCCAAUGCUGUUCCUUUCCGUCGGUCAGUAUUCUCUCCAAUCUUCCUGUGGAGUCUGAUCACAAUGGGGAUGACCCAGCUAAGGAUCAUCUUUUUCAUGGGGGCAAUGAACAAGAUGCUGGAGUUUUUGGUCACCCACGGCAAAGAGCAUCCGUCUGAGAAGCUGAGAAUUGAAGCAGAAGAGACAGUUGGUUUCUACUCGUCCAUCUUUGGCACGCUGCAGCUGCUUUGUCUGGUCACAUGCCCUCUGAUUGGAUACCUUAUGGACUGGAAGAUGAAGGAGUGUGAAGAGGAGAAGACAAGCCAUCCAGGAGUAGAGCACAGACAGAGCAAUGGGCCAAAGAGAGACCGCAAGAUCCAGAAGGUGACCAAUGCCACGAGAGCCUUCAUCAUCACCAACCUCCUGCUUUUUGCGUUCGGGUGCUGCUGCAUCAUAGAGAGCCUGCCUCUGCAGAUUUUGACCUUCAUCCUCCACACUGUGGUCCGAGGCUUCAUCCACUCCUGCUGCGGAGGCCUUUAUGCUGCUGUCUACCCGUCCAACCACUUUGGCACCCUGACAGGCCUCCAGUCCAUGAUCAGCGCUGUGUUUGCUUUGCUGCAGCAGCCGCUCUUCAUGGUCAUGGUUGGACCACUGAAAGGAGACCCCUACUGGAUCAAUUUGGGCCUGCUGAUCUUCUCAUUGGCUGGCUUCCUGUUGCCGGGUUACCUGUUCUAUCACCGCAGACACCUGCUGAGGAAAAAAGAGGACGAAGAAAAGCAAGGCACAGGUCAAGAGAUGCAAGCGCUCAACUACACUCAGGCCAAUGGCUGCAUAACCCAGAGCAAUGGCCUGGCUGCUGUGGAGGCUUAGACAGCAGGACUGCGCUGAGGAUUGGAGGAAGCGCAGCAUUUAUUUUUGUAUUUGCCUUUGUAAUUAGCACCAGCACCAGUUUUUGUGCGAUUUCAGGAGACGUGUCAUCAUUUUGCUGCUUAUUUAUUUUAGUUUAGUGAUUUAAAGCCAUUGCUCAUGUCUGGUACUUGGUGUGGACUGUGUGUUAGACUGCAGACAUGAGACUAACUAAAAAUAAAAUAUCACAGUACUUGAAAUGCUAUUAUAUAGUUUUCAAAGUUCUGAUAACAGUCACAAUCUUCACUAAAACCAAAGAACAGCCUGAACAUAUUACAAGAGCUAUGCUUUUUAAAGUAUUGUUUCAAGUGCAUGCUUAAUGAAACAGACUUUUAGUAUAUUGUGCUGUUUCUACUGUAAACCGCUCAGUAUAUGUGCGUGUGUGUGUGUGUGUGUAAAACACUAUUAAAAGUACACUUGUAAUCAAGGAAAACUUAAAGGAUCAGCGUAUCUGAACACCAGUCAUGCCGUACAUAUGAAGAGGCUUUUGUGUUACAGCUCCAGCUAUUUACACACAGACACACACAUGUAUGUGUGCAGGUUGUAGAGACACCACAUCUACCUCCCCCAUUUUCCUUUUUGUACUUGUAUGUACCCGUUUGUCUCUUGGCAAAUGUCUGUGUUGGUCCACCAUCAGUUUUGUUUUUUUGUUUUUUCAUAUCACAUUAAGAAAUAUGAAUUCUUUAAAUGUGAAAUGCCCGAAAUGACAAAUUCAGUUUGUACGGAAUUUUCACCUUACACAUUAAUGGUCAUUAGAGACAGUGUUGAUUCAACCCUUGCAUUUCUGGGGUUUUUUAUAUGUAGGAAAAGCAUUAUUUAUGGAGAUUUCACAAGAACAAAUAUCUGACAUCCAGUUUGUAUUGCCUUAUGCAUAGAAGUGAACUUGUGUGUGUGAUGUAUUUAAUGUAUUUAAGCGUGUUUAAACUUUAGUUGCAGUAACAUUACAAAGGGAAGCGUGUUUUGGUAUCAUCAGAUGUUGUUUUGUAGUGUGCUAAGUAUAAAUGAAGCUCCAAUGAUUUAUUGUGUAUUUGGCUUUUGCCUUUUUACUGCUUUAUCAUAUAUUGAUUUUAGAGCAAACCCCCAGCAAUAUUUGUUCUUUUGUAAAUAGAACUGAGGUCUCUUGGGUUUUAUUUCAUAUUAUACUUAUUAUAUGGGUGUGUACAGUAUGCUGCAGCAUGUUAACCAGUUGCUGAGGAGACUGACUUGUUUGUUUCAUGUGAUUUUUAUGCUUCAAUGCUCAGUGUUGUAUUAAAAAAGACAGAGCUAGCUGCAGCCCUUGAUCCCCUUGUUUCAGCCAGCUGCAGAGGAAGCAGAAAAAUGUACAUUUCUUCCAAAGUGUCAACAAAAAGUAUAAAUUCUGUAUGUUUGCUUUUCACUUGGCAACAGUGUUGUAGACUUAUGAAGUCAGUUGUGAUGUAUAAUUAUUAAUUCUCUGACUCAGUCCAUUUCAGUGUCUAGAAGAAGAAGAGACUCUAUUUUCAUUGUGACACAAUCACGUGCAACUUGGGGGUUCAGUGUCUUGCCCAAGGACACUUUGACAUGGGCUGCAGGCACUGAGAUUUGAACCUUGAACCUUCUGGGUGGGAGACGACUGCUCUACCCACCACACCAGAGCUGUGUUUUGUUCAGCUCUGUGCCUUUGCUUGCAUCUUCUUUUUACUGUAAUAUUACUACCUAUGCCAAAUGUCUUGCUCUGGAAACCAAAGCCAUGCCUAAGGACUAUAAAGCUGGUUGAUAGUACAGCAUUUUUCCUCAGGGGAACAUACAGAGACAAGAGUAACAGGGAUGCCUUUCUGCAGAAACACCAGUUUGUUGAUAUUUUUUAUGUUGACUGACGCAGGUGUUUGUU